AUGGAGGGAAGUCAUAUCAUUGUUCUGAAUGUGACAAAACUUUUACAAGCGAGAGAGACCUUAUAG